UACCUGCCCAGGAACCCAAAGCAUGAGAAUCUGCUGCUCGGGUGUCACCUAAUCGCCAAUAAAGGCUAAAGCCCCCCCCCCCUCUCCUCUCCUCCUCAGUUGGACUGAUAAACAGUUAGCGGAGCUCUGAGUUUAUUCUUUCGGGGGAAAGAAGACUGCAGAGCACUAAAAUAAAAAGGCUUCCACUCUCUCUAUUGGCUGCUAGCCCCCCUCAGAGCCGCGUGGGGUCCCUUACGAUGACUCAGCUUUUCACGCGUUUCUUUAUUCAAUGAAGAGGCCGUAAGUUCUGGUGCCGUCCAACCGCCACUAAGGUACGAGUCAUGUUUGUGAUAUGGAUUUUCACGCUAUCUGCUCUUCCAAACGCGCUGUCUGCCGGCUCCAUCUUCUGCCCGGACCCAGAGGCCGGCGACCAGAUCACAGAUUACAUGACUGACUGCCUCGGCCCGCGCUUCACCUGGCUCCACUCGGUCUUCGAUAAUUUCCCCGCGCUGCUGGGCUUUGCUGUGAAGCUGCGCUGUGCGACGGGGCUUUGCCCGCGCGACCUGGAAGACUACGGCUGCUCCUGCAGAUACGUGGCGGCUGGAAACCCCGCGGAUCCUCUGGACACCUGCUGUGCGACUCACCGGCAGUGUUAUCAGGACGCUGCCCCCUGCAGGCAGCCCCUGCCUCCCCUCCCCGACAACUUCACCUGUUCAACAGCAAACACCAGCUGUGACGCUGCUGAUGGCUGUCAGCGGAGGUUUUGUGAAUGUGACCAGGCCGCCAUCGACUGCAUGACUCAGAGCGCUUCCAGCUCGGAACUGAGAGGCCUCGCCGCCGCGUCCUGCGCCGCUACAAACCACACAGAUGUUCUCUCAGCGGGCAACGACUCUGCGAGCCAGCAGCUGUCCAACUCUUCCUUCCUGUCAGCAGAGAUGGACCCGCUAAUGACCAGCAGCGUGGGUAACCGCAGUGACCUCAUCACCCCACCGCCAGGCUCGCCCCUCCUGCUGACGCACGCAGAUUUGAAUGGGGGUGUGACGGAGGAAGCGCUGGAGCAGGAAGACGUAAAUAAGGAUCAGACGACCCACAAUCCACCAGCAAUCAGUCGCGAUUCAGUUCCGUUCGUCUACGACAGAGAAACGCUGAGCGAAGAAGAAGCAGAGCCGGACAUACUCUCGGCACUCAGCUUCGGAGAUGAAAACACGGUGACGUCUUCAGCACCCACAGCUUCACGCGCUGACACCUCACCUUCCAGUCGGACUACAACCUCCCUGAGGACUACAACUCCCAGAGAGAUGGAGAAGUCAUCUGAGGAAGGUUCAGUCAUCGUUACAACUUCAUCACUGACAGCAGCAAAACCACAAAUCAGUCCACCGGAGGAAAUAAAGUCGUUAUCUAAAGAGGAAGAAGAGGAAGAAGAAGAUGAUGAUGAUGAUGAUGAAGAUGAUGAAGAUGAUGAUGAUGGUGGUGAUGAUGGUGGUGGUGAUGGUGGUGGUGAUGGUGGUGAAGGGGAGCAGGGAGCUUCAGAUGAACACGUCCAGGGUAUACUCCCAAAUCGGUUUACGACUACCACCGCUAAAACAGCGACAUCUACACCGACUGUAACCACGGAGAAGUCCAACGGAGGGAAAGGGAGCUCGACACCGUCUGCAAAGAGAACUUCAGCCUCACAAACAGGUGGAGGAGGUGUCACCUUUCCAUUUACACCAGCAGCACCUUCAGCUUCAGAGGAGGCCCGAGAGCAGGCUGGCAGCCCGGAGAAGGCAACUCAGGGCCCAGAAAUGGUUACCAUGGUGACCAAAACACCCUCCACAAGAAGCUCCCGACCAGGAAGCCACCCAGAGGAAACGGCCGCCGUCUCACCCGUGUUACCUGAUUCCUGGGAGGAAGACUUGAGUCUGCACACACCUGCUGCUCUUCCUCUCAGCCCGCUGAGCCAAGGACAGGAAACUCCCCAAUCCACAACGCCGACUUCGACGAGAAGCGUCUCUCAGACGUCGCAGGAAGGAAGCCGAGUCCCCUCCGCCAGACCCCGAUCAGAGAUCGGCGCCUCCAGCCGACCCACGCCGGCGGCUGAAUCUGAGGAGGAGCGGCAGGAAGAGACGGAAACAGCAGAGGAAGAGGAGGCCGACAGCUCGCUGGAGAAAGAGACAGACGACUGGGACGUGGCUCAGAAGAGGACGGUGCCGUUCUUCGCCUGGUCCCUGCUGGAGUCUGUUGGCUUGUCCGACCUCCAACUACAGCCAGACAGCAAAGAAUGCAGCCGCUCCUUCACCGUGUUCGGCAGCGACGGGCGAGCCAGGCGGGAGAUGGCGGCCCUGGGGGAGAUGCUGCACUGCGUGACGGGACGGUGCCCGCAUGAGUACGAGAUGUACGGCUGCUACUGCGGACAGGAGGGCGGGGGGCAGCCUCAGGACCAGCUGGACAGGUGUUGCUUCUUCCAUCAGUGCUGCCUGAAGCAGAUCGGCUCCAUGGGCUGCCGCUCGGACAGGACGCUCAACGCUCACGUCUCCUGCGACAACGGGAAACCUCGAUGCCACGGCGUCUCCGUCUGCGAUAAGCUGCAGUGUGUGUGUGACAAAGCCACGGCAGAGUGCAUGGCAGCGGCCCACUUUAACCACAGCGUGCCGGCGCAGCAGUGCCGCGGCCCCGCGCCUCCCUGCCGCCGGGCCAGCAGGCCCCCGAAACCACGGCUUUCCCCUCAGUCCAGCGAGGAGAGCGACGAGCCGCAGGGAUCCAACUCGGACGGGAACAUCCGGGACACUUUGACGGACACAAACACGCCGCCGCCACGCCGAGAGCAGAACAGUGAUGAAGACUCUGACCAGCAGCACGAAGAGACGCCCAAGAAACCUCUGGCUGGAUGGUCCGGCAGCUCCACACCCCCCCCUCCUCAUCCUCCUCCUCUUCCUUUCUCCGGCAGCGAGGAGACCAGAGAGCCGCCCAGAGAGACACAAAGCGGGAUUCAAACCCACAACCACAGGCCGAGUGCAGGGCAGAGCCAGGGCCAAAGACCAGGGGGGACGGGACCGGGGGGUACCGGGGAGAAAGAGGAGGAGAAGGAAGAAGAAGAGGGGGGAGAGGAGGAAGAGGAAGAGGGGGGAGGAGAGGAGGAAGAGGGAAACUAAAAGC